AUGCCUAGCCCACCCAACUUUUGGCCGCCAUCUUUGCAGAAGCUGCCCCAUGUUGACAAGUGCCGCGUCUGCAAGGUCUGCAUUACUGUUGAGGAGGAGGCCAACUUCUCGCCUCAGAAGGCCAAAGGCGGUGGCGCGCUCGACGGCCCGCCAAAAAAGCACCAGCACAUACAGCAGCAGCGGCUCGGGAAGCACAGGCGCCGGCAGCUACUGGGACGCCGCCGGCGGCGGCUGCAGCGGCUGAUCCACGCCGCUGACGCCGCGCUCGACCUGCCGCCAGCUGCUGGCCGCCCCACGCAUCAGCCGGCAUGCGGCAGCACCUUAGGCACCUCCGGCACACAAACUCUGCGGCGCCUGGCCGCCGGCACCCCGCAGAUCGACGGCAUCAGCACGCACGCCAAGUGGGUCGCAGCCCACGGCGGGGCCGCGGCGGCGGCUGCGGCAGCAGCGGGCGGCAGCAGCGGCAGCAACAGCGGCGGCGCGGCCGGCGUGGAGGUGGUCACUGGUUAUGACGACACGGCUUUCGAGUGGGGGGGCCGGUCGUACAGCAUCGCGCCGCGCAGCAUCUUGCACCCCGCGGGCCAGAUUCGCACGUGUCCGGCGUGCCGCGGCUGCCGGCAUCAACUUGAGUGGAUGCCCAAAGCCCACGGGGCGCCGCCGGCGGCGCCUGCAGCCCUGCUCGACCUGCUGCAGCGGCGGCUGAGUCAGCGUGACGUCAUCAACGCGUCGGUGUUUGACCUGCUGACGAGCCAGUGCGACAGGCACGCGGAGAACGUGUACGUGUCGGCGGCGGGGCAGCUGAGCCUGAUCGACAACGACCAGGCGUAUGGAUCGAGCUGGCGCCCCUGCGGCGUCGACUCCAUCUUCCUGCCUGGCACCCAGAAGUUUGAGAUCUCGAGGCUGGGCUUCAAUUACGUGAUGAAGGCGCCGCACGAUAGCCCCGCCCAGGACUACUCGAGGGCAGCCAGCCCCCUGCAGCUGCUGGAUUACCGCUGCCACGCGCCUGGCGCGAAGCUGGGCACCGACUACCCGCCCCAGGUGACGUCCUGCCUCAAGAUGAUAUCGCGAAUGACCAAGCAGCAAGUCCAGCGCCACUACGGCUUCCCCCAGCUGGCGGCCGCCGCGGCCCUCCGCCGCCGCGCGAGCGACAUGCUGUCCCGCGGCUUUGAGUGGACCCUCCAAAACGGCUGGCCCCGCAACCCGACGCCCGCGCGCUACCGGUGGGCGCCGCCGUGCUGCAAGAUGCGUGGGGAGCAGCCGCUGCCAGGCACGAGGCCGGUGUACGCAUGCGUGAAGUGGGAGCGGGGCCCGACGAGCCUUCCGCGGGGCGAGCCGUAUUUUGGAGGGCCCUGGAACGCGAGUUCGAAGGACACGGGGAGCUAUGCGCUGGGGGCGCCGCCGCGCCCGGGCCAUGUGUGGCCGAAGGGCUGGGCGGCGGGCGCAUGGCUGGGGGAUGACGAUGGCGGAGCGGACCCUGGUUACGCCCCUAUGGCGCAGGCACACACACUCGAGCGUUGA